CAGCGGUCUAAAAUGCAAAUAAUUGCACGUGCAUUAAUUCUCCUCAUCACAUCACCGCUCAGUGGCGUUGGGGAACCGGAAUCCUGUCCCGCUGGAUGUAAAUGUUCUGAAGAUACCUGUGCCGUUUCGUGCAAUGACAUAGAAGUUAUCCCCGCAUUUCCUGCAAGUACACUAAACCUAGAACUCUGUGAGACAAGACUAACAUCGAUUCCACAAGAUGCAUUCGCCAACAUGGUCAAUGUUUCGAGAAUUGAUUUGUCCGAGGAUGAGACGCUGAGGAUGCUUGAGAGACAUUCCUUUUACAACUUGAGGAAAAUCACACACAUAGAAAUAAGAAAUACCAGAAGCCUUUCAUUUAUUCAUUCUGAGGCUUUCAAGAAUCUCCCCAGUCUGAAAUACUUGGGCAUAUUCAAUACAGGUCUCAUCACCUUCCCCGGUUUAGGAAAUAUCCAGUCGGAUGACAUGUACUUCCUGUUAGAAAUAACCGACAAUCCUUACGUCACUGAAAUCCCCGCCAAUGCCUUCCGCGGCAUUACCAACAACGUGCUGACGCUUAUGCUUUACAGCAAUGGCUUCACCAGCAUCCAGAAUCAUGCCUUCAAUGGAACAAAUGUUGAUGCUGUAUAUCUCCACAGAAAUAAACAUCUGACAGGAUUGGACGAGAAAACGUUCACUGGCAUUCAGAGUGGACCGGUACUUCUUGAUGUUUCAGAGACUGGUGUCUCUUCGCUUCCAGCCAAAGGUUUGGAGUCAUUGCAGGAGCUGAUAGCUCGGAAUGUAUGGGCUCUCAAGAAGCUUCCACCAAUCAAGACUUUCAAGCAUCUGAUGAAGGCAGAUCUGACCUACCCCAGCCACUGCUGUGCAUUCAAGAACCUGAAGAAAAAGAAAGGAUUUCUGGAGUACAUCAUUUGCAACCUGACUGCUAUGUACAACCAACAGCACAAGAGAUCAACAGGAACUCUCCAAGUUCCACUCCUCCAAGGCAGCUUCAACCACAUGGACGAUCCCGGGGACACCUUGUUCCAAGAGAUCCAUGAGCAUGAGUUCCACGACAGCCUGCACUACCACUCCUAUUUUGGCAGUUACUUUGAUGAGGAUGUAGGGUUCGGCGAAACCCUUAAAAACCCACAGGAGGACAUGGGUCAGGACUUUGACAGCCAUUAUGAAUAUGUGCUGUGCAAGGAGAGUGAGGUCACUUGCACACCUUCUCCAGAUGAGUUCAACCCAUGUGAGGACAUUAUGGGCUUUGGGUUCCUCCGUGUUACGGUGUGGAUUGUGAGCCUGUUGGCCGUUCUAGGAAACCUUUUGGUCCUGUUGGUGCUACUCACCAGCCACUACAAGUUGUCUGUCUCACGUUUUCUAAUGUGUCACUUGGCCUUUGCUGACUUGUGUAUGGGUAUCUACUUGUUGCUUAUUGCUGCCGUUGAUGUCCAUACACGCUCUGAGUACUACAACCAUGCUAUAGAUUGGCAAACGGGCCCCGGCUGCAUGCUAGCUGGUUUUUUCUCCGUAUUUGCUAGUGAGCUCUCGGUUUACACCCUGACAAGCAUCACGCUGGAGCGCUGGUAUGCUAUUACCUUCGCCAUGCGGCUGGACCGCAAGCUUCGGGUUACCCACGCCGCUGUGGUCAUGCUAGCUGGUUGGAUUCUGUGCCUUCUCCUGGCCCUCUUUCCAGUGGUGGGCAUCAGCAGCUAUCAGAAGGUCAGUAUCUGCCUCCCCAUGGAUACACAAAUGCUUGGGGAUCAGGUGUACAUCCUGUCCGUGCUGGUUUUCAACAUUUUAGCAUUUGUGGUGAUUUGCGCAUGCUACGUGAAGAUUUACUGUGCUGUUCACAACCCACACUGCCACUCUGCCAGCAAGGACACCAACAUUGCCAAGCGUAUGGCCAUACUCAUCUUCACAGACUUCCUGUGCAUGGCGCCCAUCUCUUUCUAUGCCAUGUCGGCCGUGCUCAACCGGCCAUUCAUCACCGUAUCCAACUCGAAGAUCCUGUUGGUGCUCUUCUACCCAAUCAACUCCUGUGCCAACCCGUUCCUGUACGCCAUCUUCACCAAGGCCUUCCGCGGCGACGUCUUUAUCUUGCUCAGCAAGGUGGGCUUAUGCCAGCGGCAGGCACAGCUUUUCCGCGGCCAGACCGUGUCCAGCAAGGGCAGCACCGGUGGAACUAGUCGGCGGGCGGAUAACAGGGAAAGGAAGAAACCAGAGGAGACGCACAUCCGCUUGUUGGAGCUCUCGGUGCAUGGCUUUCUCACACCGGCCCAGCAGGACGGUAAAGUGCAGGACACAUGA